UCCUCGAAGUCGUCAUCACUCUGUCGACGUGUGAUUGUUGUGACAAACGCGCCGAAGAGGGGACAGGGUUAAGGGAUUGUCAAACGAGUUGGUUCUCAAUGAGCAACUCCGAGGGACUUCCCGGUGACCAUUUGGUUUUUCGUUUAAAAGCGGGUGCGGCAACACGAUGGUUAUUCAGUUUCACUUUUGACACGCGCUGUAACUGUGUCAAUCACCAUGACAUCGUCCUUCUACCGAUCGUCCACACUGUGCACUUUCGCACUUCUCAGUCUCCUCGGGCAUGCAGUGCUCGCCGUUCCCAUUGACAACUCGAAUUUCAUCAAUGCAACCGAGUGUCCGAGAAUCGUUAGCCGAAAGGAAUGGAAGGCCAGGAAGCGUCUCGAUUUCGAGAUAAUGCCGAUUGCACCAACACCGUACGUGGUGAUCCAUCACGGCGGUAUACGUAACUAUUGUCGGGAUCAGGAAACGUGCUCCGCGAUAGUUAGAUCCUAUCAGAACUUGCAUCUGGACGUCCGGGGCUGGUGGGACAUUGGUUAUAAUUUCCUCAUUGGAGAGGACGGCAACGUCUACGAGGGCCGCGGUUGGGACUACACUGGCGCGCAUGCACCUGGAUACAACACCCAGAGCAUUGGCAUAUGCAUCAUAGGAGACUUCAGCGACUUUUUGCCAAACGCGGCUGCUCUGAAGACAUUGAACGAGCUGAUAGCCUGUGGAGUUUCACUCGGCAAGAUAAGGAACAAUUACAAUGUGAUUGGUCAUCGGCAAACACGGAGCACGGAAUGCCCCGGCGAGAGUUUUUACAAGUACGUUGUUACUUUACCCGGUUGGACUGCGAAUCCGAUACCUCAUAUUCGUCCGACCACGACCACGAUGAAACCGAUAAUGCAGGAGGACACCAUAGAAGAAAGGAGCCAAUCAAACGCUACUCUAAUCACGUGGUCAAAGAUCGUGCCCGGAAAGCAAUAUCUUGAAUUAAAGUGUUUAUAUAUUGUAUACCAAGUCGUAUACGACAUCAGUAUCGUUUUGGAAAUCAAAAUGUACAUUGCGACGACAACAACAUUAAUCCUCGCGACGAUAUAUGUGAUGUUCAUCGCCCAAGAAACUGCUGCUAAUGGCCUAAACAUCAUUUCUAGAUCGCAAUGGGGUGCUAGAGCACCAAAAUCACCAGCUUCCAAUCUCAAGUUAAAACCAGCUCCUUAUGUGAUCAUUCAUCACUCGGCUACUUCCGGUUGUGAAACUCAAGCUAUAUGUCAAUUAAAAGUGAGACAAUUCCAGAAUUAUCACAUGGAUAAUAAAGGAUGGGCCGAUAUUGGCUACAAUUUCAUAGUAGGCGAAGACGGAAACAUUUAUGAGGGUCGUGGAUGGGGCAAGCAAGGCGCUCAUUCUAAACCUUUCAAUAGUAAAAGUAUUGGAAUUUGCAUCAUCGGAGAUUACAAAAAUCGAACACCAAAUGCAGCGGCAGUACAAGCAGUGACUAACUUGAUUGUACGUGGUGUAGAAAGUGGUGAAAUAAAGAAUGAUUACAAGCUUCUUGGGCAUCGACAAACCUGGGCAACCACAUGCCCCGGAGAUAGUCUUUAUACAAUGAUACAAUCGUGGUCUAAUUGGUCGGAAAGUAUAUAAACGAGAUGUAGUUUUUAAUACAACGUAAACAUUUUUUCGUUAGUUGUGAUUAGAACGACCGAGAUUUAAUAACUAAAUAAUGAUUAUAUUAAUGAGAUUUGCAGUGUAUUUAACUCUGUAACGUCAAAAAUAGCAUUAUCACUAAUCUCAUAUCUGUUAAUGUAUGUCGUAUUAUCAAAUUCAUUUCUAGAUAUUUGUAAAAAUAAACAGUCUUUGUUUAUA